AUGGUGCCAGUGUGGGAUGAUGAUGAUUUAUUGGAAGAAUACAAGAAAUCAUUUGCUGAUAGUAAAUCCGAUGAUGAAUUGAGUGAUUGGUCGGAAGGGGAUGAAGAGGAAAAUCAAUUCAUGGAAAUGAAAAAUCAAAAUGAAAAACAACCAUUCCCGAUCAUUGAGGAUUCAUUCAUACCAAAGAACGGAUUGUCGAAUAAUAUUUCGGGUUUAUUUGGAACAUUGGAGGAAAAUGAUGGAGAAAAGUUACAGGACAAUGAUGACACGAAAUUCAAUGAUGAAUGGCUUUUUGGCUCAGGCAAUGAUCACCCACCAACAGAAUGUAUCAAUAAUUUUCAUCAAUCAGUGCCCAUAGCAGCUGAAGAAUUGUAUUAUUCUCUUCAUUUUGAUCCGAACAAAUUAAUAACUGUUCAUGUUCCCUUCACUCAUUUUCCACAUCAGCAACUAUUCGAACAUUAUACCAUAUACAAAAUAUCACAAACACCUCCUCUAGGAAAUUAUAGAGUCUUGACUCCUUGCAAUCACAUGGUAAAACAGCAUGAUUUGAUAAGAGAAAUAUUUUCCAUGCUUAGGGGCCAUGAAGGAUCCAUAUUCAAUAUUAACUACCAGGGAUUUUUUGAAUUAUCCCAUCCCAAUAUUUCUGUUUCAUUUAUUUCACGAACUUUACUUCACACAGUUUUAAAAUUUUUCAUACAAAUUUCAAAUGAUUUGGAAUCAAUUCAUGUGAAGUGUAUACGAAACAUACACUCUGUAAAAAGUACAAUACUUCAAUCGUACUAUUCAACUCUACUAGAUAUUAUUUUAGAAAUUAGGAGCGACCUUUCGGAGAUGGAGCGACAAAAUCAAUUAGGAAAUAUGAAAGAUAAGGUUCAAACACUAUCGUUACUAAGUUUACGUACGCUCAUGUUUCGAACUGAACAAAAAGUGAACAUACUCAAAAAAUUAGACUCUCAAAUAGAUUCCAUUAUUGACAAUGUUAUGUCUCAAAGAGAUGCCAUAUCAGACAUUGUAUCCUGCUUCUAUGAAAAGAUCACCCAUCUCCAAUACUUGAAUAUCGAAAAUACUGAUGAAUAUGAUUUUGUUUACCGAUUACUGAUGUCCAUGCUAAAAUCUUACUUGUCAAUAAUGGACUCGUGGAUAUACGAAGGAGUAAUUCAAGACAAAUUCCAAGAAUUUAUGAUAUCGAAGAACGACAAUUUAAACAUCGAAACACCUCUAUUUUGGACGGAAGGAUUUACUCAAUUUAAAAUUCCAAACAUAUUUUCGAACAUUAAGGAUAAAAUUAUUAGCAUUGGUAAAUCUAUUAUUUUGAUGAAAGACAUUGAAAUCAAGCACGAAAUUACUUUGGAUACAAGCUCACUGGGAGACUACAUGUUGGAUAAAGAGAAGCCUUCCCUUUAUAGAUUUUUAGAAACAGCCUUAGAACGUGAUUCUAGAAACAGUAUUAAAGGUGUAGAAAACCAAUUAGACGUUCAGACAUGUGAAGUUUCCAAAAUAGGAGCAUCUCCAAAAGCAUUGACACUACUAAGAUCGAGCAGCAACCUCCUGAAAAACAGUAAUAUCAUCGAAGACUCAAAAACAGAAGAGUUAUUGUCUCCAAUUUCAGAAGCAAUUCCGAUUGGCUCAAUCCACUUUAUGAGAUCACCCCCAAAGAAAAAACGAAUGUUAUCAAUUCUAGAAACUGAGGAUUUGUACAGCAAUACAAUCUCUGACCCAACUGAAAAGGCUGAUUCAAAGGACAAUUCAUUCUUCCAGCUCACACUUGGUUUACAGAAGUCAGACACUCAAACAAGUAAUAUUUUCAAUUUGUUAAAGAAAAAGAGCUUAUCAGAAGUAAUUGAAUUUCAACAUUUUUCAGCUCAUCAGCCCUCGACCAGCAAGAUUCUUGAGACACCUAUUGAAAUUAAUUUUGAAAUUGGUCUUUUCAGGAACAUCAAAGAUCAAUAUUCACGUAUUGCUCCAUAUUUGUGCAAUUUAAUAGUCUACAGAUCUAAACUUAUUGACCACCUGACAGCCAUUCGAGCUAUUUUCCUUAUGGAAGCAGGUGACAUUAUGGACUACUUGUCAACUCAACUAUUUCAUCUUUCUGAUAGAUUCUUUGCAUUUGACUUUCGUGGUAUAACCGCAUUUGACAUCCAAAUGAUCUUGAGAGAUACUCUACGUCUUGGAGUGGAAUAUCCAAGACGAUACUCUUUUGCAACCAAUAAUUCUACUUCUUGCUACACAACGGAUGUAUUUUCAUCUCUUAACUUGGAAGAGAAGAUUUCUGUGACAUUUGAUGAUGCUAAUGUCAAGAUUGAAGAUGGAAACUUUUUUGAUGGACUUGUAUUCCACUUUGAUCUGGAAUGGCCACUCAAUAUUAUUAUCUCAUCAGAACACGUACAGAACUACAACGAAGUGUUGAUUUUUAAUCUGAAACUGAAACAAGCAAAACAAGUUUUGGAAACCAUGAGCUUGAAAACAGAUGCCUUUGUACAUAGAAGUAAUGCUUAUCUGAAAUAUUAUAGCCUAUUGAAUCAGUUAAAACAUUUCGUUAGUGCGGUGCAGUAUUACAUGAUGAAUAGGAUAUUGCACACUCUGUGGAACGAAUUAUGUGACAACGUUCUUUCAUCACAAGAUCUCGAUGAUCUUCGAAAUUAUCACCAGGACUAUAUGAACAAGAUUAAGGAUCGAUUUCUACUCAAAAAAGCUCAAUUCGUGAAAAAUCACAUUUUCAAAGUCGUUCAAAUAUGCGUAAAGCUUCGCGCGAAAUUGAACAAUUUUAAGGAAACCCAGAGAGAGGAUAUAUUUUUACAAGAGUUGCUCGAAAUGGAGGAAGAAUUCAAGAAAAGCUUCAAAAUGUUGCUUACAAUUAUUAAUAACAUCCUCACUCGAGGCGUACAUGAGCACUGUAAGUAG